AUGUUGUCGAACAUCGACAUUGCCACCGUUGGCGCCGGAAGCGCUGCCGCUGCUCUGAUCCUUCUUGCUACGCUGCCAGCUUUCAACAGCAUCGUCCAGAAAAUUACCCAUGGCUCAUACACGAACCUGCAGUCACUUCCGGAAGACGAGGAUGGAGAGGCGACAGACGAAUCGAUCUCUGCUUAUUCAACAACUAUCCAGACAGCCAUUAUCUACACGGCUGCUCUCGUCGGCUUAGUCGCCUCCACGGUCAGAGCUAUUUUGUCAACCACGCAGGAGUCGAUUCGAUAUGGAGAACUCGCGAGUUGGUUUCAAUUCGGGACCUUUGUACUCCUUCUUCCCAAUGUUAUGGCAAUCUCAUUCAAGCAGGAAUAUGCCAGCCAGUUCCGACUUGCUAGCUAUGCCUCUAUAGCUACGGUAAUCCAAUUCGCCAUGUCAGGCUUUUUGGAUGUGCGGCUUUUGACACCGGCACACUAUGACAAUCUAACAAGCUUCCAAUUCGCCGUAUGGAUUAUUCAAUUAGUGGCCACUGCUUGUUUACUUUGUGGUUAUCUAUGCCUGCCGAGACGUCCAGAUGUGUUUACCAACAAUAAAGUGGUUGAUCGGCAGUACACUGUGUCUGCGCUCUCGCGAUUCACUUUCUCCUGGCCAGGCCAUCUAGUAAAGUACAUCGCCAAAAACCCCAGGUUAGAAGUCAACGAAUUACCUGGCAUGGAUCACUAUACACGCUCAGAGUCUUUGUUGGCCAGAUUCUUAGGACGCCCUCAAACCGACGCCCUCUGGUGGCAGAUCUUCAGCCUCCAUUAUACCACGUUCAGCAAACACUGGUUUUUGACAGCAGUUGAGUCAAUUCUCAAUUUUGUGCCAAAGGUUUCUAUGUAUUUCAUCCUUCGUGCCCUUGAACGAAGACAGGCUGGUGAACAUAUUGGAAUUGAAAGCUGGCUCUGGACGUUGAUAUUAGCCACCGGUUUAGUUCUAUCAUGCUGGGCAGGAACUUGGAUGCGCUGGGUGGGCGAUUCUCAACUUGCCCUUCGCAUAGAAGCCCAGCUAUGCGCGGCCGUAUUCGCCAAGGCAAUGCGCAAAAACGACGCCCGGGGGACGGAAAAAUCAAUGGUUGAGGAGCAUGAUGAAGGUGAAGGUGAAGAAGCUGGUGAGAAUGAUGGCGAUCAAAAUCCCACAGCCCAAGACGGAUUAGUUGGAGUAGAUCCCGAGCAGAAGCGUACCUACCAGUGGAUUAUAAAUCUCAUGGGCAUUGAUGCAGAGGAGGUUGGUGCAUCUGCUGCCUUUUUAAGCACAAUUAUACUCUCUACGUGCACAUUUAUUCUUUCGCUGUUGGUGCUUUUCCAACUUAUUCGAUGGAGGAGUUUGCUUGCAGCAUUCUUGGUCUUUCUGAUACUGGUUCCGAUGAAUACUUGGCUAUCAAAGGUUUAUGCUCUGACGCAGGACCGACUCAUGUCAGCCCGUGAUGCCAAAACAGGGGUCAUCUCGGAGGCCCUUCACGGUCUCCGACAGAUAAAAUUCGCAGCGUUAGAGGCAGAAUGGCAGAAUAAAAUUAUGACUGCACGACUGAACGAGAUGAGAGAAGUUUGGCGGUCGUGCUUAUAUGACGUCGGUAUGAUCUUUUGCUGGGAUGUUGUUCCUACAAUGAUGACGACCGUGGCACUCGCCGUUUAUGCCAUUUUCGAGGGAAGGCUUACUGCUUCUGUCGCAUUCGCAUCACUCGAAGUAUUCUUUGAACUCGAAAAUGCCCUUUCCAUGAUACCUAUCGUCAUUACUGGUCUAAUCGAGGGCAUGGUAAGUCUUAGACGAAUCGAGACCUACCUUCACUCUCCCGAUAAAGAGGAAUACCGCGAGUCCUCUUCAUCAAUUACAUACAAGGAUGCCUCCAUCGCCUGGCCGUCAGACGCUAAAUCUAUCGAAGAUCGGUUUGUCCUUAAGAAUAUCAAUCUUACUUUCCCAGAUAAAGAACUUAGUUUGAUCUGUGGUCCUACUGGGUCUGGCAAGAGCUUGCUUUUGGGCUCUAUAUUUGGGGAAGCUGAUCUAGUUUCUGGCACCAUUGGCGUGCCAACACCUCCACCUUCGCUUUACAAUACCCCAGAAAAUACCAUCGGCCUCGACAAUUGGAUUAUCCCGUCUGCGGUAGCUUUUGUAGCGCAGUCACCGUGGAUAGAAAAUGGAACUUUGAAAGACAAUAUUGUCUUUGGAUACCCCUUUAGCGCAGAACGGUAUAAAAAAGUUCUCGACGUUUGUGCAUUAACUGACGAUCUUCACAUCCUGGUCGACGGUGACAUGACUGAAAUCGGUCCUCGUGGUAUCAACUUGAGUGGUGGCCAACGAUGGAGAGUGUCUCUGGCCAGGGCCUUAUACUCAAGGGCUGGCAUAUUAGUUUUGGAUGAUAUCUUCAGUGCCGUUGAUGUCCAUGUCGGUCGCCACAUUUUCGAAAAGGCCCUUACAGGAGAACUUGGUCAAGGCAGGACCCGUAUCCUAGCAACGCAUCAUACUUCCUUGUGCAUGCCCAAAACGAGCUUCAUGGUUGUCCUUGAGGAUAAUGUGAUGAAGCAAGCCGGCCGCCCUGAUGACCUGGACUAUACAGAAUCGCUCACGAGAAUCCGUAGUACUAUGUCGAUAAUAACAAAACCAGACCCUCCGCCAAUCAUAACUCACCGCAGGAGGAGUAGCUCAAUUCGCGAUAUAGGCAGUCAUUCAAGUAUGGCCUGGGCAUCAAGAAAAGAUUCGAAUAGGGAGAAACCAACCAAUGUCUUUGUGCAGCCCGAGGAGCGCAUUAAGUUUAGGGAGGUCCUGGUGGCUGAAGAUAUGGACGGAAACCGCGAAGACCAGAUCGUAGCAGACGAUGCACUUUGGUUCUAUCUAGGAAUUUACUUUGCCAUAUCAAUGGGCAUGACGUUAGUUCGAACGUUUAGCCAUCUUUUUAUAUGGACUGGAACUAUUCGGGCGUCGAAAGAUCUUUUUGAGAAGAUGGCAUCCCGAGUCCUUCGAACCCCCCUGAGAUGGGUGGACACCGUCCCUGUUGGUAGAGUUAUCAAUAGGUUCACUCUCGAUUUCGCAACUUUUGAUUCGAAGCUCGGUGACGACCUCGCAUACCUCUUCCUAGAUAUUCUAGAUCUCCUCUCGAUCGUUGUAGCCGCUAUACUCGUCUCUUCAUAUAUCCUACUACUCACAAUCGUCCUAUCAGGAGUAUGUGCACAUUUUGCGAUUCGAUACAUGAUAACCGCUCGAGAACUUCGACGGAUCAAGUCCCAAGCAAGGUCACCUAUUAUCGAGCAAUUUGGCACCUCACUCCAAGGAAUCGGCACAAUUCGAGCGUUUAAUAAAGCAGAUACGUAUAUGCAUAAGAUGUAUCGCAACAUCGACGACCAUACGUCUGCGCAUUACUAUAUUAUCCUUUUCAACGAAUGGAUGACGUUUAGAACGGGGAUGGCGGACGCCUUUUUUGGGGCUGCUCUAACAUUUAUCCUCAUGUCAACGAAAGAUAUUGAGCCUUCUCUCGUCGGAUUUGCCCUUAACUUCAUGCUUGAUGGAGCUCAACUGAUCGGAUCGGCAAUCGACAAGUAUACAGAAACACAGCUGGAUAUGAACUCUACAGAACGCAUUAUCGAGUAUUCACAAGUCCCUACUGAGGACCACACUGGCAAAGACGUUUCUGCAGGGUGGCCUAGUAAAGGGCGAAUCGAAGUUGAUAAUGUCACAGCUGCUUACUCGCCAGAGCUUCCGCCAGUGCUUAAGGGGCUUACAUUCAGCGUUGAACCGAACCAUCGGGUUGGAAUCGUUGGUCGUACAGGUUCGGGGAAAUCGACUCUUACUCUUGCACUGUUCAGGUUGCUGGGACUCCAGGGUGGCUCAAUCUAUAUAGAUGGUGUGGACAUUUCAACCAUUAAAUUACAUGACCUGAGGAGUCGACUGUCGAUUAUCCCUCAGGAUCCAGUCUUGUUCUCAGGCACAAUACGGUCCAAUCUCGACCCGUUCAACGAGUAUACUGACGAGCAGCUACAGACGGCCCUGAACCGAGUACAUUUCCCGUUAUUUGGAGGGGAAACCGACGUGGAGGCUGACGACGAAGCUGACGACGAAGCAGGCUCUGACAUCGACCGGAGUCGAACGCCUAGUCUCGACCACGCCAUUAGCGAAGGAGGGCUUAAUCUUUCUCAAGGCCAACGGCAACUUCUCUGUCUAGCCAGGGCGAUUGUGGCACGGCCCAAAGUUAUGGUUCUCGACGAAGCGACGUCUGCAGUCGACAUGAAGACAGACGCCUUGAUCCAACGUAGCAUCCGAGAAGAGUUCCGAGACUCGACGCUGCUGGUGGUCGCUCAUCGUCUCACCACGGUGGCGGACUUUGAUCGCAUCCUCGUCAUGAAGGAAGGCGAAGCUGUCGAAUACGACUCGCCGAGGGAGUUGAUGAAGGCCGAAGGUGUGUUUUGGCGCAUGGUCAUGGGCAGUGGAGAAAAGAGAGAGCUGCAGACGCUCCUCGAGCACAAGUAG